AUGGCGACGGUGACGACAGUCGUGUACAACGGCACGAGUUACAAUGUUACCAACAUGACGCUCUCGGAGGUGCAGGCGCGCGUGGCGGCGCUGAACUCGUCGGUGCAGAGCAUGCAGACGGAGGUGGAAAACGCCGUCAUGCUCACCGCCGAGAUCUGGCGCACCACGGCCGGCGUCUUCGUCUUCCUCAUGCAGGUACGCGUUCCUUCUCUCCGCCUCCCACCCACCCCUCUCUCCGCCUCCCACCCCUCUCUCCGCCUCCCACCCACCCCUCUCUCCGCCUCCCACCCACCCCUCUCUCCGCCUCCCACCCCUCUCUCCGCCUCCCACCCACCCCUCUCUCCGCCUCCCAUCCACCCCUCUCUCCGCCUCCCACCCCUCUCUCCGCCUCCCACCCCUCUCUCCGCCUCCCACCCCUCUCUCCGCCUCCCACCCCUCUCUCCGCCUCCCACCCCUCUCUCCGCCUCCCACCCCUCUCUCCGCCUCCCACCCCUCUCUCCGCCUCCCACCCCUCAUUCCGCCUCCCACCCCUCUCUCCGCCUCCCACCCCUCUCUCCGCCUCCCACCCCCCUCUCCUCCUCCCACCCCCCUCUCCUCCUCCCACCCCUCACUCCGCCUCCCACCCACCCCUCUCUCCGCCUCCCAUCCCUGCAGCUGGGCUUCUCCUUGCUAGAAGCGGGCACGGUGCGGUUCAAGAACACGCGCAACAUCAUGAUCAAGAACGUGCUGGACACGUGUGUCAGCGCCAUUGCCUUCUGGCUGCUGGGCUACGGCAUCGGCUUCGGCGAGGGCUCCAAAGUGUUCGGGUGGAAGUAUGACGAUGGCUCGGUACGCAUGGGUGCUGAUGGGUGGGAAUGGGUGCUGGACACGUGUGUGAGCGCUAUUGCCUUCUGGCUGCUGGGCUACGGCAUCGGCUUUGGCGAGGGCUCCAAGGUGUUUGGCUGGAAGUAUGACGACGGCUCGGUACGGAUGGGUGGAGAUGGGUGGGUGGGUGCUGAUGGGUGGGCUUUGGGGAGGGCUCCAAGGUGUUUGGGUGGAAGUACGACGGCGGCUCGGUACGAAUGGGUGGAGAUGGGUGGGUGCGGGUGGGAGUGUGGUAUGGAUCGUGGGCAGAAUGGAGUUGAUUGGUUCUUCCAGUUCACCUUCUGUGCCACAUCAGCAACAAUCAUUGCAGGGGCUGUGGCGGAGAGAACGCACCUAUGGGCCUACCUCACAUUCAACUUCUUCCUGUCUGCGCUCAUCUACCCCGUCAUAGCGCACAUGAUCUGGUCGCAAGGGGGGCUGCUGGCGGCCAGUCAGACCAACACAGUGCUCAACACCAUAGGCGUGCUGGACAAUGCGGGGUCCAUGGUGGUGCAUGUCACUGGUGGCGUCACGUCAUUGGUGGGGGCGAUUCUAGUGGGCCCUCGCAUUGGUCGGUUUGACAUUGACGGCAAAGUGGUGCCCUUCAAGUGCCACUCCGUGGUGUUCAUAGCAGCGGGCACCAUCAUCCUGUGGGUGGGCUUCUACGGCUUCAACGGGGGCUCGGUGUCGCUGGUGGGGCAGCCGCCGCUGCAGUGGGUGCAGGAGGUGGCGCGCGUGUGCGUCAACACCACCAUCAGCGCCUCCUUCAGCGGCGUCACCGUGUGGACGCUCACGUACCGGCGCAGGGAGCCGGUGCCAGAGGACACGUUCAAUGGGGUGAUCGGCGGGCUGGUGGCGGCGUGUGCCACCAGCAGUGUGGUGGAGCCGUAUGCUGCUGCCAUCAUUGGGGUUGUCGCUGGCUUGAUGUAUCUUCUCGGCUGCUGGCUCAUGUUCCGGUACCAAAUAGACGACCCAGUACAAGCAGCGCCAACGCAUCUGUUCUGUGGAUCGUGGGGCGGCGUGGCAGCGGGCCUCUUCGCCACCAAGGAUGGCAUCACCGCCACCUACGGCGUUGUCCCGCCCUCUUGGGGGCUGUUUUACGGGGGAGGAGGCUGGCAGCUGCUGGUGCAGUACCAGGGGAUAAGGGGUCGCCCCGCCAAGGAUGGCAUCACCGCCACCAAGGAUGGCAUCACCGCCACCAAGGAUGGCAUCACCGCCACCAAGGAUGGCAUCACCGCCACCUACGGCAUCGUGCCACCCUCCUGGGGGCUUUUCUAUGGGCGACUUUUGAGACGUCUCAAAAGCUCUUCUAUGGGGGAUGAGGCUGGCGGUUGUUUAUGCAGCUCUGUUGCUGGUGUACGUGUGUUUGGGCAGGACCGUCUUCUUUCUGCUCUUUGUGUUCCUUCUUCCCCAUCUUCUCUGCUCCUCCGCUCCACAUUCCAUUUUCAACCACUCCCCCCUCCUCUUCUAGAUCCUAGCGCUGCUGCUGGUGUACGCGUGGGUGGGCAUCACAACAUACGUGCUCUUUGUGUUUUUGGGCGCCUUCGGUGUGCUGCGUGUCAAGCGGCAGGAGGAGGAGGUGAGACGGUGCCACUGAUUCUCCUUAGUCGAGCGGCAGGAGGAGGAGGUGAGUGCGUGAGAGGGAGGGGGACGAGGGAGGUGAGAGGGAGGGGGACGAGGGAGGAGGUGAGAGUAGGAAAGAGGCAAGGCGUGCCAACGUACAUUGUAACGGGCGUGCCAAUGUGCAUUGUGACGGGCGUGCCAACGUACAUUGUGACGGGCGUGCCAACGUACAUUGUGACGGGCGUGCCAACGUACAUUGUGACGGGCGUGCCAAUGUACAUUGUGACGGGCGUGCCAAUGUACAUUGUGACGGGCGUGCCAAUGUACAUUGUGACGGGCGUGCCAACGUACAUUGUGAAGGGCGUGCCAACGUACAUUGUGACGGGCGUGCCAACGUACAUUGUGACGGGCGUGCCAAUGUACAUUGUGACGGGCGUGCCAAUGUACAUUGUGACGGGCGUGCCAAUGUACAUUGUGACGGGCGUGCCAAUGUACAUUGUGACGGGCGUGCCAAUGUACAUUGUGACGGGCGUGCCAACGUACAUUGUGACGGGCGUGCCAACGUACAUUGUGAAGGGCGUGCCAACGUACAUUGUGACGGGCGUGCCAAUGUACAUUGUGAAGGGCGUGCCAACGUACAUUGUGACGGGCGUGCCAAUGUGCAUUGUGACGGGCGUGCCAAUGUACAUUGUGACGGGCGUGCCAACGUACAUUGUGACGGGCGUGCCAACGUACAUUGUGACGGGCGUGCCAAUGUACAUUGUGACGGGCGUGCCAAUGUACAUUGUGACGGGCGUGCCAAUGUACAUUGUGCGCUUUGUGUUUCUGGGCGCCCUGGUCGGCCUGGACGUGCCCUUCCACGGGGGCGAGGACGACGGCGAGGAGUUUGACAUGGGGGACAGCCAGGAGGACGACGGCCAGGAGUUUGACAUGGGGGACAGGACGGCGGCCAGGAGUUUGACAUGGGGGACAGGACAGCCAGUCGGGCUGGAUGUGGCCUUCCACAGCGGCGAGGACGAGGGCGAGGAGUUCGACAUGGAGGACAGCCAGUACGGCGGGCGGUGCUUCCUGUCCGGGCGGUCGAUGCACCACCGCAUGCCGAGCGUGUUGGAGACCAUCGUGGGUCUAGACGUGGCCUUCCAUGGGGGCGAGGACGAGGGCGAGGAGUUCGACAUGGAGGACAGCCAGUACGGCGGGCGGCGCUUCCUCACAGGCCGCUCCAUGCACCACCGCAUGCCGGGCGUGCUGGAGACCAUCGUGCGCAUGCUCAACCCCAAGCGCUGGGGCCGCCCGGGCGGGCCGGCGGAGGCGUUUGGGCAGAAGAGGGACGUGUGGCACCGCGCGCUGGAUAACACUCCGUACGGGCAGUUCUCGCUGGCGAUGUACGAGGCGAACUAUGUGAUGGAGGACACGGCUGAGGUGGAGGGCAGCAGUAGUGGCGUGUAUAUCGGCGUGCAUGAUGGGCAUGGCGGGACUGAAACGUCGGAGUUCCUCAAGGAGAAUCUCUACUUUAACCUCAAAGCGCAAUUCAUGCACCAGGGCGGGCAGGUGUCAGCAGAAGCAGUGCGAGGAGCCUUCCACGAAACCGAGACUGCUUUCACCCAGGUGGUGCGGCAGUCGUUUGAAGCAAGCCCCCAUCUGGCGACGGUGGGAUCGUGCAGUGUGGUGGCGGUGGUGACAGGGAAUGCCCUCUGGGUGGCCAACGUGGGCGACUGCAGAGCCGUGCUGGGGCAGGUGCGCAAGGGAGACGACAACUCACUGGAGUGUCGGGCCCUACAGCUGUCGGUGGAUCACAACCUUUCCUUCGCUUCCAUCCGAGAGAAGUUCAUCGAGGAGCAUGCCGACAUGCCGGAUGCUGUGGUGGAGAAGCGCGGAGGGUUCCGUGUGAAGGGCAAAGUGACGGUCACCCGGUCAUUCGGCGACCUCUAUCUAAAGUCCCACGAGUUCAACCGCGAGCCGCUCUUCUCGCGCUUCCGAGUGCCGGAGCCCUUCCACCCACCGCUGCUGUCCUGCGAGCCCAACAUAGCGGUGCGCCUGCUGUCGCCGCACGACUCCUUCGUCAUCCUCGCCUCUGACGGACUCUUUGAGUUCAUCAGCAACCAGGAGGCUGUGGAUAUUGUUGCCAGCAGCCCCAGGAAGGACAUAGCCCGGCAGCUGAUUCGGGCGGCGCUGCGGCGGGCGGCGGAGAGGCGGGAGAUCCGGUACCAGGAUCUGCUGCGCAUGGCGAGUGGGCAGCGGCGGGAGUACCACGAUGACAUCACGGUGGUGGUGUUCUUCUUUAACCACGAGGCGCGGACCAAACAUGCUGCAAAGAGCAACAUGACCUGGAACCACGUGAGUGAGAGGGGAAGGGAAGUGAGGGAAGGAGGGGAAGAUGGGGGGCAGCGGCGGGAGUACCACGAUGACAUCACAGUGGUGGUGUUCUUCUUUAACCAUGAGGCACGCACCAAACACAACAAGAGCAACCUCACAUGGAACUAUGACAUCUCCUUCAAGGCCGGCAAGGGUGCCAGCCUCUGCUGCCCCUCAUGUGCAUCCCCAUACCAUCCCUCAUCUCCUCUGCAUGUGACGACCUGCCCUCCCUGCCUGCUGCACCCCUACCCGCAGGACAUCUCCUUCAAGGGUGGCAAGGAUGCUCGACUCGCCCUCAACGCCGCUGCAGCAGCUGAUCUCACCUCGCCCUCAAAACAAGGAGCCAAUGACGCACGAGCAGGCCUUUCCUCCGCGUCAGGCUCCCUCAACCGAACCACCUCGUCCGUGCCUGAGGAUGGGGUGCUUGAAAUGGAGCUUCCAGCUCCGGCCCGAACCAACAGCCGAACCUUCUUAACAUGGUCUCAGUGA